AUGACGGAAUCUACGACCCCAGCGCCGCCAAACCUGGAUGAUUCGAUCCGGCAGCUCAAAGAAGUCUCUCAAGAUGUUUCUCAGAGUCAUCCAAAGAAGAUUGCGGAGCUUUACGUCGCCGCGAUCGGUCUUUUGUGUCAUUUGAAAGUCGAUCAACAAACUAUUUUCCGGGUUCGGGUUUCCGGUCCGCUAGCUAGAGACUUGCCAAUCCCAUUAAUCCAACAAAGCUUCUCAUACCUCAAUUCUCCCUGUCUCUCUUUUUGUGUCAUUGUUGAAAGUAGACAUGAAGAAAGGAACAGUACUAUAUUAUCAACUUCGGAGCAAAUUCCCGCUGUGCAUGCAGUCUUACAGGAUGGCACUCUGUUUCGGGCGCUUUUGAGAUGUUUGCAAUUGCCGUAUAACAGUGAUGCGGAGUCGUCGGAUGGAAACGGUUCAUCGACAGCUGCUCCCAAUCUUCUUGCCGGACGCAAGCGAUCUUCAUCGGUUAUCAAUGAGCCUCCAGAAAAUAGAGGUACCAAAAUGCUAAAAACGAUGCACUCGCCUGUCCCUACCGUUCGAAAUAAGGUCUAUACCGCAAGUCAGCCGACAUUCAACCUGGCACAAUUGGUAUCCACAAUAUUAUACAUGGCCUUGAUGCAUCUGGAUCACUGGCCGGCACCGCUGAUACGGGCGUAUGCCGACGAUUGUUUCGGUCCGAGACUUUGGGUGGAUGACGAGGGUUGUCGAAUGCUGGUGCAGAAUUUGGCACUUGUUCAUAUCGACGUGUACGCGACUGAAACUUCGGAUCAAAUGAAGAAGGAUGCGUCAAGUGUUGCCGAGGCUUACCGACAUUUUAGCCUCACAAGUGUCCAUACAACUCCAAAUGGGAAAACAAAGCAUCUUGCUUCAUCGCAUGACGUGGAGCGUGGCGGCAUUUCUUCAAUUAAAAUUGGCCGUGACAGGUCUAUGUCUAUGACGUACGAAAUGGAAGCCAACGAAUUGCCGAUAGAGGAACAUUCAAGUUCUGCUGAUGAACACAACUGUAUUUUAAACUCAGUUCGGAGAGUACGUUCAGGUGAGGACUCGUCUUCUGGUGAAGAGGAUGAGGAAGUCUUGACAACAACGGGUUCACAGGACAGUAAUUCGCAGGGUGGAGAGUCCAGAUUAAAUACCCCUUCUGUUCUCCUAUUCUCCUCAAAUGGAUCUUCGAAAACAUCCGAGAAGCUACGUCCCAGGCUCGAGAUAGAGCUCUAUCCAAAGGUUUUUUCAAAUGUGAUUCUGGAACCCAUUCGACAGCGUUUCUUCGACGCCAAUCUCGAUCUUGCUCACGAAUUCGUUUGUCAAUCGCUGUCAGAGCGUCUCGAGAUGAAGUCCAAGCAAAAUUCCAGCCUUCUACAAACCCUGCCAUCUUUCGCAACAAUUCCUGGAGUACGCCGUCAAAUCGCAUCCAACCUUGAGAAGUGGCUUCAGUCUCCUGCCUUGGCUGGACUUAGCCGAACCCUUUUUGCUGCAACUGUUCAGCUCAUGCGCAAUCUAGACCCCCCUCUGCCAGACGAUAUUGAAGCGAUCAACAGCAUCCUCGAGAUGAAGCUCAAAGCGAAUCAGAUCAACGCUCACGUUGAGAACAUUACGGCCAUCGCCAGCCGGAUACCGACGGCAACAGUUGUCAAUCACAUGUACUCGAAAAUACUAGGAGAGAUGAAUCUUGCUCAACACAACGGUUCGUCGACUUCUGAUCAGCUGAAAAUGAUUGCUGCUAUCCAUAAGGUUGUAAACCCGCAAGUUUCGUAUGAGGCAAUGGCUGCGUCUCUACUAAUGAUGCUUGUGGCACCAUCAGACGAGAUCAGCAAUCAGGAUGAACAAAUACGCACUCGUAGGGAACGGGUGGUUAAAAUGCUCCGAUCUCUAUUACGUUCCAUAGCUACUGAAUUGGGUCGUUCAUUUGAUGGAUAUGCUCUUCUUGAUGCACUUUUGUCAUUCGACGUAGACGUUCAAGUAUGGUCAAUAAAAGAGGAAGAAGACAAAGCGCGUCUUCUUCUGCAGUGUGUGACUUUACUCGUUGCACCGUUUGUACCAGAGCAUCUCUCGACUAGACUUCAACAGAGUCCAGUAGAUGAAAUUACCAUUGACAAGGCGGUAGUAUCUUUACGCAAGUCAUUGAAAGCUGUCAGGAUGCUUUUGUUGUCUUGGUGUUGCUCAGACUACGGACCGCGGAUUCGAGAAAGGCUGGAUAGAAAACAGAAUAGAACGGAGGAAACUAACGGAUGCGUGGGAGCGGGGCCCCCAGACUAUAGCAGCAUACUGAACUCGCAGGACAGUCUCAAAAUUCCAGCUUGGUUACGAUUAAUGCGCUGCUUGCUUUUCAUUGAAGAGCCCGACUCACCUAUAAUGAAGCAGUUCGUAUGCCCAUUGGAAGAUCCGUCGCUGCCAGCCAACAAUACGGACUGGGGCAUUGAGUUAGAGAGGAUCAAGCUUUGUUGCAUAUAUGGAAACGAAGUUGAUGAUGACAUCAUUUGGAUUGUUGUCAAAUCUGCCACUUCUAAGCAAAACGGGGUAUCUGCCGAUAUGGCUUUACAACUUCUGGAACAUCUCUUUGAGUGUUGCACCACCCGACGAAGAGGAAACAUGAAGAUAACGGACCCAAUGUUGGUUUGGGAAAUGUACGCGUUGGUACAGUAUCAGCCUCAUCGAUCACUUGAGGGCAACGGAGCCAACAAAAUGAGAAUCUUUGAAGAUCAUGAAAUAUCAAGCGAUCACAUUGACUCUCAAUACCCAAGGUGCGUUAAUGUACUUGCUUUUUUUAUUCCUCUUUCCACGCGUGUUGCACAUCGUGUCUUACCCCGUUGGUUGAUCUCUUUAGACUUGCUCUCCCGGGACACUGGUGGCGAGUUACUAUGGUACCGUCCUUUGGAAGGACCACCCGACUUUGAGGUCUCUCAUCAAAAUGGUGACCUCGCUUCGGUAUCGAUUUCCUACGACGAAACGAAAAAUGCCGAGCAAAGUGCACGCGGUGAGGAAAAUCGCAUUGCGGAACUUCUGUUUCUGCCUCCCAAAGUGGGCCAAAAGAUCUCGAACAAGUCAGGAUCCAGAGUCUCCAAGCGGCUACAGAAGCAACAACAAGAAAAAAUUGCAUCUCUUGAACUAGUAGAAGCGAGCAAACGGAAAGCAAGCCUUCGCAUAGCUCAGAAAUCCAUUAUGUUGUGGGAUCCAGAUGGACCUGCCCGCAAGCCACCUCGAGAGUCUGCCGAUCUUCUACUCUCGAUAGAAAAAAUGUUUCAAAUCUCCGACACUUUCCAACGUUCGGUCAAACCUGAUUUUUUAUUGAUGACAAUCGGCGAAACGACUCGCGGAGCGAUUGAAAGAGCUUACGAAUGGUUGAUUCCAAUAAUUUCACGGUUACCUGACACUAUAGCAAGACUCCCUUCAAAUGCUGCGUGCUUCCUUCUCCUAAGGGCAUAUGGCACGGAGGGUGAAGAGAGAGUCCAAUUGAAGGAACUCUCAUCCCCGCUACUUGACCAUGUAAAAGGUUCUCUCAAAGGUUCCUUUGGUGAAUUGGAUGCAAUUAGAGCAUUGGACUUGUUGCUGUCUGACGUUGCGAGUCCCAAGCCAGAGCGAAGAAAGUGCGCGCGUAGAGUACUACAAGAUUCUCUUGUGAAUACAGAAAGCGAUGGGCACGCUUCGAAGUCGUGGAUUGCGAAUAUUCUAUCUUUAUCCUAUGCCAAGGCGCUUGUCAGCUACUCAAUCAAGCACAUGACUAUGGCCGCAGACUGUGAACGUGGCAGUGUUCUGAGGAUGCUCGUCAUAGGGUUGCAUGACCACAUGCAGUUUGCGACUGCGCAAGACGUCGCUACAGUUUCGGGUUUCCCUCCCAUCCUUCUGCACUUGAUAUCAUCUCGACCUACGAUUUAUGCGGAUGUUCUUGACGCUUUUCGUGACCUUCGCUGUCUAGCAGUCCGUGUUUUGCAUGAAGAAUGCAGCCGACUCGCCCGCCGAAGGCAACUAACCGCUAUGCAAUCUAAUACCAGCGAAGUCAAUAUCACACUCUAUCCAACGCCCAUCGGCGAGGGCGCCGUUUGCGUAUCCCUGGAUCUACUGAAAUCUGUCUGCGUACUGUUGAGUAUCUGGAGAGAAGACAAUGUGUCAAAGGUAAAGGAAGACGACGAUGUCCGUGUCUUGGUUACUAAUUUAAUGAACGCAUUUACGAGGCCGAGCCGUGACGAAAAUAAAAAUGCGAUCGAAACAGCAGGCGGGCUGGCAAGCGCAAAGAUGUUUGGAACAAGUAUUGAUGCGGUUAAAGUUGAAUCGUGGAUCUUAUUGGCGAAAUCACGCAGCGACCUUAUUGCACGACGCGCGGCUAUGUCUGCCCCCGAUGAAUUUUUGCCGCGAUUGUUGCUUUGCUCUGGCCUGCCAAAAGCGUCUCUGUUGACAAUGCUAAAUCGAUUAGGGCGCUUAGGUGAUUCAGCUCAGAACAGCGUGUUACUUUACCGCUCGCUACUUACCCCAUCAGCAUCAAGCGAGUGGGACAUUGGGAGGGUUGGGCGGCGCAGGGACAUUUCUCGCAAGCUACUUGGACGACUUUCGGCCUACAUUCGAUUAAACAAUAUCGAUUUGGGUCUUGAUCCACUGAAAGUUUCUAGAACUUUUCUUGACUGGCUUUCAGCCGAAUGCUCGACAAAUGCAAGUAAAGCCUGCAAAGCAAAGCCGAAAAAUCUAAAAACUGAAAAUCCUAGGUUGCUUUCGCGUGUCGGUGAAAGGUCUCCUUCACUGACCGAGAUUGGAGCCCGGAGCGUUGGUAAUCAUGUUGAAAUGGAGAGCAACAUAGAAUCCGAAGAUCUACAUUUCAUAAAUUUCAAAAAGUGGAGCCCUCCGAAGGUAUCCCAAAGCGACCAUUCCAGAUCCGAUGCCUCCUUUGUGAAGGCAGAGUUCCUCUCCCAGUCUUCUAACGAUUGGGAUGAAAGGCUUUGCGCAUUACAGCCAAAAGACCGUUGUUUUAAGGCUGUGCAAAUGCUCGAUGUCUACGCUAGAAUUGCACACCCUAAGUCUUGCGCAACGAGCGCCGUCCUCAAAUGGGUUCCUAGGCUCAGCCGAGACGCAACCGAUGAAAAGCUAUGGAAACACAUCUUUUGCUCUUCGAAAUUUGAGAAUCAGACUUUCCAACGACUCGUGUCUCAGUGUGUGGCUUGUUGGAGCCAGCGGAAUGUACAAGAGUGUUCCCGUUGGAUACUGAAGAAGGUUAAGGAUGCGAAUCCAGAGGAAUUCUGUUACGAUCGUAUCGUCUCCUUUUUUGUAUUGGUUUUCGAGAAGAGCUUAUUGACUUUCACUGAAGUUGAAGCCAGCAGUUUUCCCGGGGUAUCUGAAAGUGAUUUCGCAGUCAUGCUCCAGGUCAUUAUCGGAGGCCUCGAAGGCGAGAGUGAAGACAGCUUUACGCACGCUAGUGAGCCGCUAUCUUUUCGAUUAUUAUUGCAGCUCGUGAAAGGAGGUCAAAGUGUCCAAUUCGCGGCUGAUUUUAUCCUCGGUGGCCUGGAUUCUGGAUCGAACAGUAAUCACAUGGUGGGGAAUACACUGCUCCUUCGUCUUUAUAUUGCCCAUCCGUACGGAAUAAACCUUGGACCAAGCUCUGUCCGCGGCGCGUUAUUAGAAGCAUCGGAAAUGCACGUAUCGGAGUGGGAAUGCUGGAGUUCCAACACCGACGACCAGAUCGAGGAAAUGAUAAAUUCUCUCUUUAUUGGAGAAAGCAAAAUAUCAAAAUGCCUUGCCAAUGUUGCACGAAAGCAUCCCCUCUUGUUCUUUCGGAAGUCCCCGUUUAUUAUAAGUCGACUGUGGCGCGAUGCACAAGUUGAUGAUUGUCCAGGAAGUAAUAUCCGAGGGCUGGUACGGGGUAAACAUCCUGGAGAACCUUUGGAAGCGAAUUUGCCUCAUGCUGGCAUGGUGUCAGUAGUGGUGCGGCAUUGGGGAUACAAAUAUACUGAACCAGUCUGGAUGGCGCUCCUUGAUAUUAUUUCGGGCGUUCCCACGGAGGUUUUGUUUGGUAGCGGUCAUCGACUUGGUUUAACGAAUAUUCUCGGGGUCUACGUGCAGCUCGUCUCGGUUCAACAGCGUCUUCGGAGUGCCGAUAAACUGUCAAGAUUAAAAUCAAAGCUGCAAGAUUGCUUCAAUGCAUUUCAAAAAAGCAACAAGAGCGAUUGGAAUCGCUGGCUCACGACGGGUGCGAUAGGUGACGAAAUGCGUAACUUGCUGGUCGCAUGCGAUUUCAUUUCCCCGCAGCAGGCAAUCGAAAGUCUCAAAGGCGAAGAUUGA